AUGGCGGAAGAGUGUGGCGUCUGCCACCACAGAAUUAUCGAUUGCUGGUGCGCGUCCCGGUGCGCCGUGUGCAGUCGCCGGAGGUCGAAUAUGCUGCAACACGGCGUUGCGUUUUGGUACCAGGAGGACGACGAGGGUGAUGGCUUGAAGAGCUGUACGUGGCUGUGCGAAAGGUGUGAAGACUUUGACCCGGAACACCCGGGCGUCAAGUCGGACAAGGAGGGAUACACGCAAUGGAUGUCUGAGGAACGCAAAAAACCCUCGCGAGAGCCCGAAACGCACAUGCAAACUUGGCCAGAGUUUUGCAAGUGGGGUCGUCGAGGCGGAGUAGAAAAAACCCGCUUAACAAAACUAAGUUGUUGUAUGAAUGCGUCAGAUUUACACACCACUCUUACCUCGACGUCUCCCUGGGUUCGCGUCUCCGCGUCGCAUUCCACCCCGCGCGACGUCGCGCUCGUCGAACGCGAUGCGCGCGCGCGUCGCGCGUACCUCGGCGUGAACGACCGCGUCGUCGAAUUCGCGACGCGGCGACGGAGCAGGGCGAGAGGGGCUCCCAGAUUUCACAUCAUUUGA